AUGAGACACUCACUCAAACUCAUGAGCUGGAACAUCAACCACCAGCGUGACAAAUUUGAGGGUGUCAAAUUCGAAAUUGACGAGGUCCAGAAGCUCAUAGCUGGCCACGAUAUCGUCUGCCUACAAGAAACUAAAGGACAGGUUUCUAUGCGGGAAUUCAAAUGCUUCAACGCCAACAGAUCGGAUAGCAACUCAGGUGGCGUGUGCACAGCGAUCCGGAAGCACUUGGCUGCAGGAGUAGUCAGAGUUCAUUUUUCCAAAUGCGACGACAUACUCAUCGUAAAGCUUAAAGCCAAAUACUUCAACCUUGACAAAGAUCUGAAUCUUAUCAAUGUGUACGACUCGCCAGCUCAUGGCUCAUACAAGAAACGAAUGCGUUCCAAAAUGGAACAAUAUACAACCACUUGUGAGCACUUAGAAGAGUGUCUAUCAAAUAUCCCCGACUCCGAAGAUGCUGCCAUACUUGGUGACAUGAACGCGCGGACCGGCACAUUGAACGACUUCCUUAUACCAUGCGAGUCUAGGGACCUUCAAGUUGAACUCGAUCCUCCCCAGCAUUCUAUAUCUCCUACUGAGGUAGCCUCUAGAAACAACCAAGAUCGGAUUCUCAACUCCAACGGCAAACCCUUCAUUGAGCUACUCCAGACAACUGGAAUGAUAAUCCUAAACGGAAGGACAAUUGGGGACAUAUUUGGCAGUCCAACUUGCAUUCAAAGAAAUGGAGUAAGUACGGUCGACUACAUUUGCGUGUCCCACAGCCUCCUUCAUCGGGCAAGGUUCUUCAAAGUUGGUGACCUCACCCCUUAUUCUGACCACAGACCAAUAUCCACCACUUUAACCACUAACAUAAGGAACAUUGUGAUGGCUGGCGACAUCUCGAACGAAAUGGAGCUCAAAUUCGCAUCGAUCCCGAAGCCAUUCAAGUGGACCAAAGAUGCCUGCUCUGGACUUGGUACCACAGAAAAAUUCAAGUCAGCCCAGAACACCGCUCAAUUCAAAGAAAAAGUUGAUUCUCUUCUUCAAACUGAUAUUUCCUCCCCUGACGACAUUCGCAGUUUCAAUGAAAUUGUGAUUGCCACCUUUACUAACCUGGCAAGUCAAGUUACCACCCAGAAAAGUGGAAAGCCCAGUACUAACAAAAACAAAUGGUUUGAUUGGAGUUGUAGGCAUGCUAAACGAUUAGUCUGUAGAGACGAAAGAGCCAAGAAUAACACCCACAUCGAUCCUAUGCUCGUGGAAUCCAACCGAGCAAGAUUUUACCUCCGUAAGAAAGAAUACAGGGCACAAACACGAGCUAGAAAGGGAGCUUACCUAUACAAACUUAACGAGAAAAUCAACCUCAGCAACAACAUCAACUGGGCUGCUUUAAAAGACCUCUCGUCCGCUUGCAAGGACCCCGAUACAUUCGACAUAUAUGACCUGAUCGCAUUUCACAAGUUCUUCAACGACCUAUACAAUCAGAAGUGCAAGGACCCCUCGCACGGUGGACUACAAACGAACACUUCGACCAACGAAGCUGGUGAACAGGGAACCGAGUACCACCUCGAGCCAUCAGUCGAACUUGAAAAACUCAACACAGAGUUUACUAUCCAAGAACUAAAGAAAGUCACCAAUAAGCUCCAGAAUAACAAAAGCGUUUCAUGUGAUCUUAUCUCCAACGAGAUGCUCAAGAGCUCCAAACUCGGUCUCCAAAAAGUCCUUCUGAAACUAUUCAAUGGUUGCCUAACGCAAGGAAUCUACCCCUGGAACUGCUCAAUAACUACCCCCCUACACAAAAAGGGGGACAAGCAGAACCCCGAUAACUAUAGAGCAAUCACAGUCGGAAGUUGCCUUGGAAAACUCUUUGCAUCCCUCCUCCUUGAUAGGCUGAUCGAAUUCCGUAAAGUCGUCUGUCCCGACUUCCCUCACCAACUCGGAUUCAGAGCUGGUGCCCAGUGCUCUGACCAUAUCCUGACCCUUACAACGAUCAUCGAGAAGUAUACAAAGAAGCUGAAGAAGAAAAUAUUCGCUUGCUUCGUGGACUAUCGUAAGGCGUUCGACACAGUCUGCAGGGAGGCUCUCAUGUACAAACUCAGUAGACUUGGUAUCGGAGGAAGCUUCUUCUCUUGCCUCCAGAACAUGUACAGCAACUCAGUUACCCGUAUCAAACUGAGCAAGAAGCUGUCGGACACCAUCGAUGUCACCAUUGGUACCGAACAGGGGCAUCCAAUGUCGCCGGAGCUCUUCAAGGUAUACAUUUAUGACCUCUCCAUUAGACUAGCAGCUCUUGAGGACUUGUCAAUUCCAGAACUGAACGGCUUCCCGGUCAGCCAUCUUCUGUGGGCAGACGACCUGAUACUUUUGGCACUCGACGCCAAAAGCCUGCAGAAACAACUUGAUUGCCUGCACGAAUUUGCAAGUAAAUGGGAACUGUCAAUUAACAUCGACAAAACCAAAAUCAUGGUAUUCAACUCGAGCUCUCGUUUGCUGAAGUGCUCCUACGGGUUCAAACUAGGGAACCUGGACAUCUCAUCGGCCAAAUCUUACUGCUAUCUAGGCAUUCAAUUCAGUCUCAACGGUUCAUUUAAAGGUGCCAUGAACGAACUGAGGAAAAAAGCACUAAGAGCAUUUUUCUCGAUCAGACGCAUGGUCGACACUCGAGCAUUAACAACAAAAACCAUGCUCAAGCUUAUAGACAGCCUCGUUAAACCAGUCGCUACGUAUGCCUGUCAGAUAUGGCUACCGUGUACAAAAAUGGCAAAGGAGAUGGCUUGCGCUGAUGGUUCAAGACAGAACCUUGCUAGAGCUGCAACAAAGGACGCACUUGAGACAACACACCUGAAAAUGCUGAAAUGGGUGCUCGGCUUACACAAGAAAGCUAACAACAACUUCUGUUACGGAGAUACGGGCAGCAGUAUAGCUGUGUUAGCCCCUGCUCCACAGCAGUAUGGCUGUGUUAGCCCCUGCCCCACAGCUCGCAGUAUGGCUGUGUUAGCCCCUGCCCCACAGCUCGCAGUAUGGCUGUCUAGCAGUAUAGCUGUGUUAGCCCCUGCCCCACAGCAGUAUGGCUGUGUUAGCCCCUGCCCCACAGCUCGCAGUAUAGCUGUGUUAGCCCCUGCCCCACAGCUCGCAGUAUGGCUGUCUCGCAGUAUGGCUGUGUUAGCCCCUGCCCCACAGCUCGCAGUUAUAUGGCUGUCUCGCAGUAUAGCUGUGUUAGCCCCUGCCCCACAGCAGUAUGGCUGUGUUAGCCCCUGCCCCACAGCUCGCAGUAUGGCUGUGUUAGCCCCUGCCCCACAGCUCGCAGUUAUAUGGCUGUGUUAG